GACUUCAUUGAAAGUCCUCCCAGCAGUCUAAGCAUUGGCAGUCAGGAGUCCUUCGGCAAAUUACCUACUGACCAGCAGCAGGUUAGCAUGCCACCUGCCGGACAGCAAGACCAUAGUCUUUCAGAUCCUCACCAUAGUCCGGAUGAGGCAGAUACCGUCACUGUUAAUUGCAGCAGUGGCGACAGACCGGCCAAGAAACAAUCCUCUCGCAUUGGUUAUAGCCUGGGCCGAAUCUUUCGCAAAGCCACUCCGAGCACGUCAGCUUCCGCGUUAGGCAUAUCCACUGGCGGAAUGUCCACUAACGCCAACAAUUCUGCCUUUAUCGCCCCUACAUUUACAUCACACACUCAGUCUUCAACUGGAAUUCCCACCCUCAGUGCGGCAAAUGUAUAUCAACCUCAUCAUCAUCAUCAUCAUCUCCUGCACCACCAUCUGCCCUAUCUGUAUUCACAGCAACCCCAACAACCAGCACAAAUGAUCCACUAUCACCCAGGCACCGGCAUGCUCAAUACGAAACGACAGUUACUCCAACCAGCAAAUGAUCCAUCUACUGGUAGAGCCUAUACGCAUCCUGCCUACCUUCACCAACAUCACAUGCACCAUAUGCAUCAUCUUCAUCACCACCAUUUGCAGUCUCAUCUGACGGGUGGACCCUUAGAACGGCUGAUGGGCACGAAUUCUUCCUUCCAGACAGAGUGUGGGGCUUUGGCAGCAAGCGGUUUUGAGGUCGAAGGAACUGCAAAAGCACGAAAGCCCGCUUGUUGGCCAGUAGAAGAGAUUCAAGGUGUGGGAGAGAAAGAAGGUUCAGCAGUUGUAGAACCGAAUCAGCGAUUUCAGGCUGAUAGCCUGCAGGUAGACAGAUCAGCAUGGCAAUGGGGGCCUGCACAGGCCUACCCGGGUUCGCCUUCCCCUCAGAAGGGUCAUCACGAAGCUGCACGUGGUAGUUUGAUUAGGCUUUUUAACAAAGCCAUGCUGUAUCUAUUUCUGUAUUUAACUGGCCAAUAA